ACCAUCACCAACGCCGAAUGCUUCAACUUCAUCAAGAAGCAAAUAAUGCAGGCCGAAAUUUUCCACGGAACCCCAUUGAACAACGAAUACGAACUGAUCCCCUUCAACCACUUCACCUACAGCAGAGUAUAUCCCAUAGACUUAGGUCUGGGCAAACGCGUGGUCGAAAAACCCAUAGGCUACAAGCGGAAGGACCUCCUGGAGGCUUUGAUGAAAGGCCUGGACGCACUGAAUAAGAAUAUCACGGAGAAGGUCGGAAGGUACACGUUGGAUGACUUCCUGGAGGGAUUGUACAGAGUGGAGCCUACCACAGGGACGCAGUACGAGCUGUAUUUUAGGACAAAAGUGUCGGGGUUCACUAAAGUGAUCGUGAUGAGGCCCUUCGCGCCUCUGCAAACAAUCAAGACGGUGCCUCUGUCGGGGCCUAAAGAGAAAGAGUUGAUCCACAUCAUCCUGCCGCUGUCAGGGAGGACUGCGACUUUCCAGAGCUUCAUGGACAAGUUUGUGAAGAUAGCCUUGAAGAACGACAGGAGAGUGCAUCUCACCGUGGUGUAUUUCGGCGAAGAGGGGCUCUCAGAAGCGAGAUCCAUCAUGUCCAGGGUACUAAUGACGAAGAACAGCGGAGGUAACGCCAACAACCUGAGGCUACUCGCCCUCAACGAAACCUUCUCCAGGGGUAAAGGACUACGUGUGGGGGCGGAAAGGACGUGGGGGUUAGACGGGAAUGUCGUCGGUGAACGGGACGUUCUUUUGUUUAUGUGCGACGUUGACGUAGUGUUCAGUGCGAGGUUUUUGGACCGGUGCAGGUGGAACACCAAGCCCGGUAAGAAGGUUUACUAUCCGGUGGUGUUCAGUUUGUACAACCCCCACGUGGUGUACACGCUGCAAGGGAGGGACGUCCCGCCAGAGAACGACCAGCUUGUCAUUUCCAGGGAUACGGGGUUCUGGAGGGAUUUUGGAUAUGGGAUGACGUGUCAGUAUAGAUCUGAUUUCUUGAAAGUUCGCGGUUUCGACGAGGACAUCGUCGGUUGGGGUGGGGAAGACGUAAUGCUGUACAGGAAGUACGUCAGAAGCAGCAUGAAAGUAAUUCGAGCGACAGAUCCCGGAAUUUUUCACAUUUGGCAUCCCAAGGUCUGUUCGGGUGGUCCAGGAGGCCAAAAACUCUCAGCUGACCAGUACCGAGCUUGCAUCAGAUCGAGAGCCUUGAACGAGGCAUCCCACGCCCAGUUGGGCUUCCUGGCAUUCAGGGACGACAUUGCUGCCAACAACAGCCCCGCGAAAUACCCGGCGCGCCAACUGAAAACGCUGAAAUCCCCGCCGAAAAAGUUGAAAACCAAGACUUAGUAAGAAACCCGUUUUAUAUUAUUUGUGUAGGGCCGUUUUGUGAUUCGAAGCCAAAAAGACAAUCCGAGGUGGUGGUGGAGUUGUGUUAGCGAUGGGUAGGUGGGGGUGAUGCGUUUCGAUUCGAUAUUUGUCAGUGGCGUGGCAGGAGUGUGGAGUUGGGGGGUUACGAUGCGGGAACUGAGGAUGAUACAGUAAACGUUCAGAAUGGUUGUGGUAAUAUCAUGGGAAAGUUUAAAAUCUAUCUACAUAAUGUGGAUAUUAAAUAAAAUAUUGGCUAGCAAUAAAAGUAUUAGAGAAGCAACAUUUUCAGUAAAAGAUACAGUGUGUCAUCACUCGUUGACGAUAGGACGUUAUUUACUUUUUUUUCGAAUUGGAAAAGGGUUUUAGAGGUACCUGUCGCUACUGGGUUAUUAUCAGUUCAAUCUUCCAACAAGAAUCACAAACAAACCAUGAUUCUGAUGCAAAAUCUAUUCCAAACACAUUUUAGUUUGUUAUGUAGUAUUUUGCGAAUAAUUCCUCCACAGACAGCUAUUUUGCCAUCAAUCAGUUCGGGGGUGGAAUAAGGUUUUUAUAUGUUGCGUUUCUCUACGCCAGCUUGGCUGAAUGAGUCGUGGGACAACAUAUAUGCAGCUUCUUUGAACCUACUCUCGAACCAGUGUUCCUCUCUGUGGAUAAUCUCAGCUUGGAACCA